CCCCGGAGCUGGCAACACUUGGUCACUCUGCGCAUGCGCCUCGAUCCCGCCUCGGUUUGAAAGCAGUCCGAAGCUCUGCCACUCAUUCCGUAGUGAAACAUUUUGUGAUUCAGUACCUCGGUUUAUUUCUCUGUGCUCAUAAAUAUAUAAACAUUCAAAAUGGCCAUCAGUAGAUUGACAAUCGUCAAAUUCGUCGAACUGGCUCUGGCCAUCGCCAUUCUCAUCAUCCAUUACCAGACCAUCGAGGAGCCAGUGCCCUUCAGCUCUCUCGUAGCUACUGGAACGUACGCCGGCUUCGCCGUCAUCGUGGUCGGCACCUUCCUAGGCUUCAUGACCGGCAACUCCAUCAACAAAUCUGUGGACCUGUUCUUCUGCGUUGCCGGAGCCAUCCUCUACAUUCUCUCGGCCUGGUUCACAUACAACCACUUCUCUAACUGGAAGUUCAACACCAGCCAUGCCAACCUCGGACUCACCAAGGCCGUUUUGGCUCUCAUCCAGGGCAUCGUCUUCAUCGUAGAUGGCUUCUUUACGUUCAAGGUCGAAUAAGCGACUCCACCAACAGAGUACAAACACCCCCGUAUCAGAUCUAUGGAUCUAAUUCAUUUCAGAAAAUUAAUUCGAAAGAAAAGAUUGAAAGUCAUCAAGAAUGGGUGCUAAAAAUAUUCUCAUCCCCACACGUCACAAUAUAUCAUCCAUUUCAUGUUAAGUUAUUUUACUUUUAUUGUAAGUUAGGCUACGCUAGUGCUUUAUCAGCUCUUCUUUUUAAUACUUGACCCGACUUGUUUCUUCUUUAUAUUUUUAAGAGCUGGUUAUUUUCGUUUUAAAUCCAAGACAUGUCUUGACCCUGUGGUGCAACUAUAUACCAAUGAUUUCCCAGUUAAUUAUUACUAGAGUGUCGAUUUUAUUCUUUGUUGUAAAUUAUAAGUAUAUUUUUAUCAAUAAAGUUUAUAUUUUCAGUA